AUGUUUACCAACACGGUACAGCCGAACAUCGUUUCUCUAUUCUCUUCUACGAGUAGCGAACCUCUUUCCCUGUUUUCACAGCAGACAGAUGAGUCUCUCGCCGCAGAUUCGUUCAUCCAUUUUCUCAAUGAUGCGUCCUCACUACCACCUCCGUCACCACCUGCUGUUCUCUGCUCGAUGCCGGCACUCGAUGACCGUGAUGAACCAAAUAUUGGAUAUGGCCUGCAUCAGACUGUCCUUCAUAUCCAGUCCCCAACUCUCCGGAUGACUUUCAUCCGGUCUCCACCUAUUACAGAUCCCGGUGACAGAGAUUUGGGCUUAAAGCAUAAAUGGCUUCAUUUGCAAGUCCGAAACGUGGGCAGGGAGUGGUCUUUCGACAUAGGUAUCGUUGACAAGUCGGGGAGGCGCGGUGUAGUUCGCUGUUCAACAUUUCAGAAGGAACCCAAACUUGCAAUGUCUCCUGUUCCGAAUGCGCAACCUGUCCUUCAUCUGCCUCUUUCAUUUCCACAGCCCUCGUCUCGUCCCUUGACAGCUUGGUCCACAAUUACGCUUAACCUUCCGUCCUUGAUACCCCACUUUAGCACACUCGCUGGCAUGAAUCAACUCGAUGACGGCGAAGGCGGCCGUCAUGACAUCAAUCGUCCAGUAACACUUUCAGCGAUAAAUACCCCCGUCCCUAGUGGGACAUAUUCACACCUGUCGUACAUCAAGAUUUAUGCGACAUGUCGUUUACGAAGAAUAUGGUUAAGUGAUCUUCUCCCAGACUCCCAAGUGCCAUGGGAAUUUGAACUGUAUGGGACUUAG